GUUAACGUCAUCGCGCUGCGCCGCGCUCGCCCCGCCCCUCGGCGCCCCGGGGCCGGGCGUUGGCGGGGCGGGGUUGCGGCUGCAGUCGGCGUCGCUCGGAGGCGGGGUCGCAGGGGCUCGUCUCCGCCCGGCUCUGCGCUGGCGGGCAUGCCGUUGCUUUCUCCGGGCGCCUUGUUGUCAGAGAGUUCACAGCCGCCCCGGUGACGCGGUUUCCCCCCUCCCCCGAGAUCCCGGGGCGCGGUGGGCGGGCGGGCGGCCAUGCACCGGCUCGGAGGCCGGAGAGCAGCUCUCUGAGGCCCCGGCUCCGAGGCCCUCCCUGCAGGGAUGUUCAAAAAUGAGUACCAGGGGGGGCCAUUUGUUGAAAUCUUCAGUGCCCAGGGCAAAAAUCCUGGAGCAAAAUGGAAGAUCUUUGGCAGUCCAUCUGUAAUUUGGAAAGAGUUUGAUAAAGAAGUUAAAAGUUUUGUCUUUGUCCUUGAAGGCAGUAGCCAGACCAACAAAAUUCAGUUACCGAAGGAAAAUAAACAGAUUCUUGGCCUGAUCCAGCGGUUUCUUGUACUUCAGAUUUACGUGCCCCUGGGACAAGACUUCUCUACUGAAUUGCUGAUAACCGAUUUAGGGAACAUUAAACGAAGAUUGUAUUUAUCAACAGUCCAUAAGGAGCUUUCUGCAACUCCUCUCCAUGCAAAAAUUCCACUUUUUAUGAUCAAGCGCAAAAUUUGGUGCAAUCUGUGUAUUGACCUGGCGGCCUUCACCAGGGACAUUUUCAAGGGAGCCGUAUUCCAGUCUUUGGAUAGAAUUAUUGUCUCUGCAAACUGCAAGCUCCGAAAGAUCUUCACUCUGAAGUCCAGGCCUCAGGACACCGCUGACAGAGACGAUGUAUAUGGUGCUCCCUUUACAACAGACGAGCCUACAGAUAUCAUUCCUCGAAGCUGCCAGUUAACUACAGAUGUACCUCAAGUUACCCAGCUGCUAAAUAUGACUAAGCUUCGCCAAACAGAAAUGAAAUUUGGAGGUCAACCCUUAACAUCAACAGAACCAGAUCAGUUUAUUAACAGAGGAUCAGGCAGUGCAAGAAACAGUAAGAAUCAAGAUGUCUCUCACAUUGCAUUUGGAUCCAAGGUGCUUGGACCACCUCCACCUUCUGGUAGAAGACAUAGCAUAAGAACAUCUGGAGAGACUGUAAAAUCCAGAAAUAGCAGAACCUGUCCGCAGCCUACUGUAGAAAAACGUACUAACAGGUCAGAACUAUCAAGCCUCCAGUUAUAUGAGUCAGAAGAGCAAGGAGACAAAGAAAAUAUUCAUCUGGAAAAGCCAAUUACACCCAUUAAUGGUAAUGGUACAGCUGAUCUCCAUGUUAUGCAUCCACAUCCGCCUCAAGAACCUUCCACAGAUAAGAAUAAUAGUAGACGAAGAUUACGGCUAAAAAGCACCAGCAAAGACAGAACAGAGACGCCCAGUGGAAGCUCCUCAGGAAAUAGCCGUAAUGAGGAUACGACACCAGCUAAGCUCACCGCUGUGUGCCAUCGAAGAAUGAACAGUGCAGUGGCAUUAAACGUCACAGGUCAUCAGCAAAUAGCGCCUCAGCAAACAGAUGAGUGGGUAUUUCCUGAAAAUUACAGAGAUCAUUUUCCUUUGGACUCCAGCAAACAAUCCAUAACCCUGGAAGAUGAUUCCUGCAAUAAUUCACACCAGUUGCCAGAAAACAGCAAAGAAAAUAAAAAUAGCAGUCAAGAAGAGGAAACCCAAAGUGUUCCAAAUGAGAUUUUUACAUUUUCCUCAAGGCCAAGGUUGUUGCCUCCUGGGAGGUGUCAGACUGUGUGCGCAGAAGGAGGACCCUUUCUGAUGGAUCUAAAGGAGGAAGACAGUGGAAAGAGGAGAGGAGCCCAGUUGGAAGACGAUUUUUGUGGCAGCGAAGAGGAAUAUGACUGGACAAACUACCAACCAAGCCAAAUGAGUGAAUCUGAGCUGCAGAUGCUGGCCAGCAUGAGAAGACAACAGAUCGAAGAGCUGGAAGAUGUCGGGGCCUCUCAUGGUCUGAGUGCAUCUCAGGUUGACAAUUGUAACGUCAGCAUCAGUAGCAGCAGUGAUGAUACCACUACCUGGAACUCAUGCCUGCCCCCGCCUGUCAAUCAAGGACGUCACUAUCAGAAAGAAAUGGAUCCUCCUCCUCCUUCUAACCCUCGGGAUUGGCUAAAUAUGUUCAGUCCACCUAUCGUCCCCCCUAGCCAGCAGCCUACAGAGCACCUGGAUUCCUCAGGAAGUUUGAGUGUUCAAGGUGAAGAUGACUUAAGUGCCGAAGAAGAUGAGGAAGUGCUGACUCUGUUGUAUGAUCCAUGUCUAAACUGCUACUUUGAUCCUCAGACCGGGAAAUACUAUGAACUAGCUUAAACUGUUAUUGGGGACCCAGGAUGUGGCCUCCUCCAGCCACAGGAGCGCAACUCACGCUUUAGAGCUUUGUCAAGUAUUCCCCAAAAUGUGCAUGUGCAUUGAUUGUGUGCUCACACUUGAAAUCUGAAUAGUUGGGCAGAGAAUCAAACAUGUUUGUAAGUACCGCUGAAUGUUCAGAAAUAGCUACAUCAUUUUUACAGAUUUAUAUUCAUUUAAAACCUUGUGAAGAAUUAAUAUAAUGACAAAAUCCUAGGACAUUGGGGGCUUUUUCUUAUUUGUUCCGUAUCAAAUAGGUGAUUUUGUUUAUUUCUUAUUAUAGUUCUUAUGUAAACCAAUUAAGAGUUAUUAAUUCAUAUGUUUUGCAGUGUUAAUUUGUAAAUGAUGGCUUGAUAUCCAGAAACUGUAUUCUUUUCUUACCUGUUAAAAAUCUAUUUGGGCACCUUCUAUUUUAUUAUAUAUUUGUAUUACCAGAAAGAAAAUAAAAGAUGAUAGUCAAAGAAAAGUCUUUU